AUGGGAAAUGGCUCCAUGAAACCCAAGCCAUUGAGGCAGCCACAUGGACAACUACUGAACUUCUCUGUCAGCACCUGCACCAGUCUUCACAAUAGAGAAUCGCCUGAUGGAAAAGUUUGGGAACUUGAGAGAGAACUCAAGCUGAAAGAAGAAGAACUGUUAAAGAAAGAACACGUAUUUCAGGAGUUGCAGGAGCAGUUUACCAAGCAAACCCAAAUGAUUGCUGAAAUCACAGAAGAACUUCAAAGCAAGUGUGUUCAGCUUAACAAACUGCAGGAUGUUGUUAAUACUCAUGGAAAACAGUCUUUAACACCGGCUUUAAAAAUGUUGCACUCUUCCCCAACUAAACAUCUCCAGACAUCACCUUCAAGAGCUUUACAGACUUCACCAUUUAAGACUUUAUCUGGGUUUUUCAACAACAGCAAAAGAAAGGGAGCCAAGGAGGGGAUAUCAGCGGAGCCAACUACCAGAAUAUAUGAUCAAAGUAGUCCAUUGGAGUUUUCAUUUGAGAAAGCUUGUGUUAGGAAAGAUUUAAGUGAGAAAAAACUCAUAAUGGAGGCACUGUACAAGAAUCAGUUUCUAAAGCGACUUGAUCCUCAUCAAAUCCGGGACAUGAUAGAAUGCAUGUAUGAAAAAAGAUAUGCCCAAGGAGAAUAUAUCAUAAAGCAAGGAAAACCGGGUACUCAUAUCUUUGUAUUAGCUGAGGGUAAAACAGAAGUCUUCCAACAAAAUAAACUACUAACCUCCAUCCCUGUAUGGACAACCUUUGGAGAACUGGCUAUACUCUACAACUGCACAAGAACAGCUUCAGUCAAAGCUAUAAGCAAUGUUAGGACAUGGGCUCUUGACAGAGAAGCAUUCCAAAAUAUUAUGAGAAGAACAGCACAAACCAGGCAUGAGGAGUACCGGAACUUUCUCAAAAGUGUAUUUUUACUUAAGAAGCUUCCAGAAGACAAGCUGAUGAAGAUAGCAGACUGCUUAGAACUGGAAUAUUAUGAAAAGGGACAUUACAUUAUCCGUGAAGGAGAGGAGGGAUGCACGUUCUUUAUCAUUGCUAAAGGAAAGGUUAAAGUUACACAAACAACUGAAGGUUGUGAUGAACCACAGUUAAUUAAAACAUUGGAAAAAGGAGAUUACUUUGGAGAAAAGGCCCUAAUUAGUGAUGAUGUCAGAUCGGCUAACAUUGUUGCAGAUGAUGAUGAUGGAGUUGAAUGUUUAGUCAUGGAUCGAGAGACAUUUAAUCAGACAGUUGGAACAUAUGCUGAACUACAAAAGUACCUUGAGGGCUAUGUGGCCAACCUGGCCCUCGAUGAUGAAAAAAGACAUGCCAAGAAGUCCACAGAUGGGCAACUUGACAGGGCAUUGUCUCUGGAAAUGAUACACAUGAAGGAAAGAGUUUUAAGAUUUUCUUCUUCAUCACCAUUCAAUGACCUAGAGAUUAUCACCACCUUGGGUGUUGGUGGGUUCGGACGAGUGGAACUUGUAAAAGUAAAAAAUGAGAACUUAGCAUUUGCCAUUAAAUGCAUCAAGAAGAGGCAUAUUGUGGAUAACAGACAACAAGAACACAUCCACUCUGAAAAGAAAAUCCUAGAAGAAGCUAAUUCUCAGUUUAUAGUGAAGUUAUACCGAACCUUUAAAGAUUCAAAAUACAUAUAUCUGCUGCUGGAAGCUUGUCUCGGUGGAGAGCUUUGGAGUCUCUUAAGAGAUAGAGGCAGCUUUGAUGAGAUGACUGCUAAGUUUUGCAUUGGAUGUGUGACUGAGGCUUUUGAGUAUCUGCAUCGCAUAGGUGUCAUGUACCGAGAUCUAAAGCCAGAAAAUUUACUGCUAGACUCAGAAGGCUAUGUAAAACUGGUUGAUUUUGGAUUCGCUAAGAAGCUCUUUCCUGGCCAAAAAACAUGGACGUUCUGUGGGACACCAGAAUAUGUUGCUCCAGAAAUUAUUUUAAAUAGAGGCCACAGCUUCAGUGUGGAUUUCUGGUCACUUGGCAUAUUAUUGUAUGAACUACUUACAGGAAGCCCUCCUUUUACUGGGCCAGACCAGAUGAUGAUCUACAAUUUAAUUCUCCAAGGCAUCGAAAAAGUCGAUUUUCAUAGAAAAAUAUUGAGACGUUCUGAAGACUUGAUACGACGACUGUGCAGACAGAACCCUGCAGAAAGACUUGGAAAUCUGAAGAAUGGAAUAUCUGACAUUAAGAAACACAGGUGGUUUAAUGGUUUUAACUGGGAUGGACUGAGUUCAAGAAGUCUUACUUCACCCUUAAAACAAGAGCUGGAUGGCCCUUUGGAUCAUAGUUAUUUUGACAGCUAUCCACCAGAUGAUGAAAUACCCCCUGAUGAGAUGUCUGGGUGGGAUCAAGAUUUCUGA